CGUGUUGUGCAAUUAAUUAGAUUUAACUCGUUUUCUCGUCAGCAUUUUUGAUAAUCAAAUAAAUCCAUAAUGUCGAAACGCCUGAAGGAAAUCAUUUUACGAAAUCAUUAUAAGCCAACUGAGUAUAUAAAUAUGUCCAAACCACUGGCGCUUAGAGACAGAGUAUCACUUAAGAAGGCAAAACCCGAGGCUGCGACUUGUAUUACUGAGAUGGCAGUAUUAAUGUCAUGUUGGAAGCAACAUGAAUUCAGCGAUGCAGACUGUUCAGAAGAGAUCAGUCUAUUCAACAAGUGUCUAGCAGAUGCUGAGGUUUUAAAGAGGGAAGCAACUCAAGCAGGGAAAACGGGAUCAGCCAAGAGACUUUCGAGCAAACAGAUCAAUGAACUCUUAUGGAAGUACCCCCUCCCCAAGGAAAAAUGAGGAAGGAGCUCAAUAUGCAAGGCAGCACAAGACAAUUACAAUCUUAUCAAGGUGCUAUGCAUCAAGAUUAGAAGUUCCUCUGCACUGUUAGAUGCAUUGCAAUGGUCACCCUGUCAUCAGGGGAUCAGAACCUUAAGAUCUUCUUGUGUCCAAUUAUCCAAUGUCUUUGAUAGAUGUCUCAAUGCUAGGAGAUUCUGUUUGGUCAGAUCCUCUCCGCAGAAGCAGGUGAUGUUUCCAUUCUAUCCUUCCCACUUUUGCUGGAUUGGUUUGCGCAGCAGCUGUCAAGAUAGGCUGAUGAUGAUGCAUAGCCAGAAUGGUAAUGGAUCUACAGAGAGAAACAGCAGACAUUGAGAACCUAUAUAUCAUUUGAAAUGUGUUAGACUUGUUCUGAGCCAUAGACUGCCCUGUGAAUGCAAAUGACUUUCAGAGAGGACUUUGUGGUAUGACAGCCUGACAGUCAAGAGUGCCCCCUUGGUGGCUUUGGGAACCACAGAUUCAUUGACCCAUUACAUUUUCUUUAUUUUGGAACUUUGAAUUUGAUUUGUUUAAGCAAUUUAUCCUGCGUUUUAGUGUAUUUUUGAGAUGGCAAUAUGAAUAUGGCAACUAUGGUUGAAUUGAUACUUCAUUUUUAAGUGUAUAUCACAGGGAAAAGAUGCCACUAUUCUAAUGAGAGAUUGAUCUUGUCAAUGAUAAGAAAUUAUAUAAUUUUGCUCUUUCAAACAA